AUGAUCGACCCGCAAUGGACACCAGAUUCCUGCGCCUCCGCCUCCUCCAAUGAGGCCCCGUGUGGGUUCGCGCCGCGAGCUUCCGCUCUCAUGGAUGCCGCGCUGCCCCAAGGUCCUCCUGGCGGCACCGCCGAUACUUUCACGGCAGUCUGCGUGGUUCCGUUCGCUGCGCCCCUCCACGCCGCGUCGCGCCAAUCAUCGGGUCUACCGUCGCCUGGUAAGAACGGUCCGCUCGCGCCGUUCACAAUCAGCGUCGUUCCGCAGACCGCCGCAUCCCCACGCGUCAACGGCGCAGCGCAGCUCGCAGCAGCCUCCGGCGUGCUGCCGCUGUGGGUCGGGCCGCUGCACGUGCUGGACGUCAGCACGCACGCCGCGCGAACGGCGGGGGAGAGCUACGCGGUGCGGCUGUUGUUCGCGCUGCUGGUGUCAUCCGACGCCAGCACGGGCGGCGGCGCCACGCCGUGUGGCGAGCAGGAUGACGCGGACCGCGCUCUCGGACCGGCGGAGCACCCACUGAUUGUGGCGGCAGCGGCGGCGGACGAUGAAUGGACAGCGAUGGCGGAGGCGUGGAAGGGUGGCGAGGGCUGCGGUGCGGAGGCGGAAGGAGGGUGUGAGUGGGAUCAAGUGGCGGCGGACGUGAAGGCGCAAGCGCAGCAAUUGCUGCGCGACUGCGGCCUCACCGGCGUUGCGCUCACCAUCCCCGGCUCGCCGAGCCAUCGCCAUGAGCGCGCCCAACAGAUCAUCGCCGCCGCGCACCACCAAUGGUGCUCGCUCUCCCCCGCCCCCCUCCCGCCUCCCCCCAGCGCGCGUCUCCCCUUCCCCCAUCGUGCUGCCCACCCACCCGCCGUUUCACCGCGGUCGCCGCUCACACCGUGCCCCGAGAACGGCAGCGACGGGGGCAGCAAGGCCGGCGGGUGGGAGGGGUUCAAAAGCGGCAACGCGCAGGGGAGGAGCAGGAUGAGCGGGAGGGCCGCGCGGACGCUGCUGCUGGCGGCGUGCUGCGCGGGGCUGGACGCGCGGCACCUCCGCACGCACAGCCUCGCCGCCGACCCGCUCGACUCCGCCGCGGCCGACCAGCCGUCGCCCCUCUCCGCCGUUCCCUCCGCCCUCCCCUCCCCCUGCGCCGUGUCUCCCCCGCCCGUUCUGCAAGCACCCGGCAGUUUCCGCCGGCCGCCAGGAUGCUCCAUCGAGGUACCCCCGUCGCCCGCCGCCGAGCCGGAGCGCGCGAGUCCGGGGCGCAGGUUGCGGAAGCUGCUGUCGCCCGUGUACAGCCUCGGGGGUAGCUGGUUCGCCGUGCCGCGCUUCUCCUCCGCCACCGCGCCGCCUCUCGGCCACAGCGCGAGCUCGAUGACGAACCGCGGGUGCGUGGGGCGCGCGUCAGGGGCAGAAUUGAGGGGGCGCGACGAGGAUUGGGGGAACGAGGACAGGGAGGAGAAGGAGGGCGGAGAGGAGGAACGGCGGGAGCGAGUGGAAGGCGGAGACGGAGGCGACGCGCCGGGGAGUGCGUGCGGGGAGGAGACAAGUGAGGGGGAAGGGGGGAAAAUUGGUGAAGAGGAGGAGGAAGAGGAAGGGGAGGGGGAAGGGGAGGGCGGGCGCGAGUUGGCGCGCUCUCAGACAAUGCGGUCGCUGCAGCGGUCGGCAUCGCGCCGAGGCCAGGCGGGCGGGGCGAAAGGCGCGGGGCAGCGCAGAGCGAGAGCAGCGGCGAGAGCCGGGAAAGGGGGCGCGAAGGUGUCGGCGGGGCUGGCAAUGGCGCGCAGCACGAGCUUCCGCGUGUACAUCGAGACGGGUAAGGGCCCGGCGGGCGGCAAGGGCCGGGAGGAGGACGGCGGGGAGGGUGGCCGUCUUUCGCGGCAGAACAGCGCCGUGGGCCGCAAGGCGGCGCAGGAGGAGCGCGGCGUGCGGUACGUGCGGCAGGCCAGUCAGCGGGAGCGGGGGGAAGAGGCGCAAAGGCGGGAGGAUGAGAACGAGGAGCGGCGGGAGCAGAAUGGCGGAGCGGAAGGGGAGGAGGAGGAGGAACCGGGAUCGUUCAGGCGCGCGUACAGCGCUCCGAACGGCGAGCGGUCGCUGGAGCGCAGCAAGAGCAUGCGGCGCGCGCAGGAGGGGAGCGAAACAGGCGCGGGGAGUGGACGGCGCGAGGACAACGCGGGGGGAGCGGUUUCGGGAGCGGGGGCAGGGGCUGGAGGAAGGGUAAGGGGCAGCGAGCGGGGCGAAGAGCGCAACGACGACAGGCGCGAGCGGGAGGAGCAGCGCGAGCUGCAGCGGUCGCGCACUCUCCCCUCCCGCGCGGCUGCUUCGCUGGCCGCCCGCACCGGCGGCGGCAGGGACCAAGCGGCGGACCAGAUGAAAGGAGGCGGGGACGCGGAGCGCGGAUUAGUUAUUGAACGCUCGCCUCGACGUUUCCAACAGCUGUCUAUCGCCACCAUGAAGGCCUGGAGCUGGCAGGACUCGCUUCGCCAAGCGGCCACCAUUCGCACUUUGCCCCAUGCAUGGAAGGAACACCUCCUCCCUCAACAGCAGCUCGACGCGCUAGCGGGGUCGUCAGCAGCCUCUGUUGAGUAUCUCCUGAAUGCUUGCAACAGCAGCUCUGCAUUCUCACCUCGCCUUGCACCCCUCGAUGGCGCAGCAUGCGCGUCGCUGCCCGCGCUCGAACCACUGCCACGGGGUGCGGGCCUGCUGUCGAUACGUGAGAAUUCCGAUCGAUCUUCCCCAGCCUCCUCGUUCCGCCUGUCAGCGGCGCACUGCGAGAACCCGGUGGACGCAGAGGCUGAAUUGAUGCAAACGGGCGAGGCGCAGAAGGGGCAGGGGUGCGAGUGGGAGGGGGAAUGGCGCGAGGAGGACGAGGUGAUGUCGCCACGGAGCAGCACGGGCAGCUGCUGCGACCCCGACGAUCUCGACUCGCUGCUGGAAGUACCGCACGCCUUCGGUCAGCAUGCGUGGGAAUCCGAAUUCCGUACCCAGUCGUCUCAUUCUCGCAGCAGCUCCUGUAAUCUCGCUCUGCCGCCUAGACAUUUGCCGUCCGCCUCUUGCGACUCACGCCUCGCCGCGGAACUGCUCGAAUCAGCUAGCUCGAGCCUCGCGGCGAACCCUCAUUUCCAACUGAGCACCCAAUGCGUAUUUGACGGCGAGAGGAUUCCCGAGUUGGUGUUGUGGUUACUCCAACGAGGCUCGGGUCAUGAAGACGACAUGAUGGCGCAACUGCAGCAGAUCGCGGCGGUGCUGGAGGAAUUAGAGGCUCGGGAGGGCGUGGUGCACGGUGAAAGGGGUUCGGGUGUAGAGGUGGACGAGCAGCUGAGCAAUGCAAUCCGGCAAGUGUUGCUGAUGCAAGCAGCCUGCUAG